AUGUCUGAGUACUCUGAGAAAAGCAGAGAAGGAGCCGGUUGUUGUUGUGAAGGACCCCUGCGCUCCCUCGCGUUCCUGAGGUCGGCUGCAGAGAGCCCGGUGACGGGGACACAGCUGCGCCAGCCCCCGAGGGCGCCAGCUCUCGGUCGGCUGCACGCGCGUCUCAUCCUUGGCCUUCUGGAGCCCUUCACGGAGCUCCUGCAGCUGAGACUGCUCUCACGGCCAGCUGCUUCUCGCCACGGUGGCUCCUUUGCUGCGGAACACGGGUUCGAAGCCCCCAGGCCUCAGCAGUUGCAGCGGGAGGGCUCAGUGGUUGAGGGCUGUGGACUUGGCUGCCCCGUGGUGUGUGCGGUCUUUCUGGACCAGGGGUCAAACCCACGUGCCCGGCACUGGCGGAAAGCCCUCGGCGUGGCCCCGGGCUGUCCUCAACUCUUGGCCAGAGGGAUAGACGCGGUGGGUUCUGGAGGUCUGACGGGAGCCUCCUCAAAGCCUUGCCGUCACAAAAGGCGUCACGGCGUCAGAAAAGGCGUCACGGCGUCACAAAAGGCGUCACGGCGCCAGACAAGGCGUCACGGCGUCAGGAAAGCCAUCAUGGGGGCUGGCUCCAUCGGCUGUCCCUUUUUCCCUCCCUCCGGCCCUUCCCCAGCCGCCCGGGCUUCUCUGGUCACUAUCCUCCUCCGCGUCACCCAAAGUCAUUCCAGGCGCCUCCAGGAACACAGGGACCACCUGUUGAGAAACAUGGCUCUUAGGAGCUGCCGGCCCCUCUCUCUUCAAGACCUCCCUGGACUGCUGUUUCCCAAGUCAGACUCAGGAACCUUGGACCAAAUGGCACGAUGCUGUUUCCUCAACUUCAUUCUCACACCAGGGCCCCAACUAUCCGUGCCCCAUUCAGAUAAGAGAAAUACCCCCGGCAACCGGGCUUCCCAGGGAGCCCUGGUAAGUCGCCGGUAA